AGAGUCGCGCCGUUUCCGGCCCCGCGGCGGCGGGGCGGGAGGGGAGAAGAAACCGGAAGUCCGGCGGGGUCCGGGCGUCGAGAUGGAGGAGAGCGGCUACGAGUCGGUACUGUGUGUCAAACCCGAGGUCCACGUCUACCGCAUCCCGCCGCGGGCCACCAACCGUGGCUACAGGGCUGCGGAAUGGCAGCUGGAUCAGCCAUCGUGGAGCGGCCGGCUGCGUAUCACUGCAAAAGGACAGGUGGCCUACAUCAAGCUGGAGGACAGGACGUCAGGGGAGCUCUUUGCCCAAGCCCCUGUGGAUCAGUUUCCGGGCACAGCCGUGGAGAGCGUGACAGACUCCAGCAGGUACUUCGUUGUCCGCAUCGAGGACGGCAAUGGGCGACGGGCGUUUAUUGGCAUUGGCUUCGGCGACCGAGGAGAUGCCUUUGACUUCAACGUAGCUUUGCAGGACCAUUUCAAGUGGGUGAAGCAGCAGUGUGAAUUUGAAAAACAAGCCCAGAACCCCGACCAAGGCCCCAAAUUGGACCUAGGCUUCAAGGAGGGCCAGACCAUCAAGCUCAACAUCGCGAACAUAAAGAAGAAGGAAGGAGCGCCUGGGACUCCCCGAGCCCGUCCAGCCAGCACAGGGGGACUGAGCCUGCUUCCCCCUCCCCCUGGGGGGAAGACCUCCACCCUGAUCCCUCCCCCCGGGGAGCAGUCCUUUGAGGGGGCAGCCUCUGUCCAGCCAGCAGGUGCUCCCAGCUCAGAGCCGGAGAGUUAUUUGCACCAGUUUGUUAGAUUUGGGUUAUUUAUAUCCCACAAGUGAAUGAAAACAUCCAGUCAUUUCCUUUCGUGUUCCAACUCACUUCAGUGAAGGGAUGCAGCAGGAACUAUUUCGGGGUGGAUGGCAGAAAACAGAGCUGCAGAUUUAGUUUAAGCAGAUGCCCCACUGGGACUGUCAACUUGCAGGGACGCCCCCAGGCCGCUCCCCCAGCUGGUGUGUGUGGUGGACUUUGAAGACUUUGGCAUUCUGAAGAUGGUGCCUCAUACCAGCCUCUGACGCCACCCUGUUCUCUUGGCCUCCCUCCCUGGCGUCCAGCCGGGGGCCCUGGCCUUCCCUGGGUGGGGAAGGGGUAGCCACCACCUGCUUUCCCCACGUGGCUCUCACAGCUUCUUGGGCACAGCAUCCUGUCAGGAAGCCUGCUGUCUCCCUCCUGAGAUGUCCUGGACACUGACCUCACUACUUGGAGAUUGGGCUUCAGACCUCGACCCUGCCCGGGACAAUGGCAGGAGGGCCAGUCAGCCGGCCUGCUCCCGCACCAGGCGUCAUUCUUUGGGCUUGGUUUUCCAGAAUGGGAUCAUCGGACCACCUGCCUGGGCAUUGCUUGGGUGCGGGGCAGAAACCUGUGCUCUUAGCAUUAUCUGUCCCCACCGAGGCCUGAGCCUCUGCCUUGGGCCUUCUCUGAGCUGCUGGCACAGUUUCAGCAGCACCGUGGAGCACUUCCUGUGCCAGGUAGUGGAGCAGGCACCAGAGAGACUGCAGGCCUGGCACAAGUCCUCCCAGCGGCUUCGUCCCACCGUGCAGGAUGCAGUUAGUGUGUCCACCAGCAAGGUGGUGUCCAGGGAUCAGAGUCAGGACGAGCUGACAUUUACUGAGCACUUCCUGCUUGUCGCACACCGGCCUGGCCGAGUACAGUCUGACUUAGCAGUGUGCGCCGUUCAGAAAAGGGCCUGCCUGUCUGUGCUGCAGUGCCAUGGGCAGUGCCAUACCUACAGCCUGGGUGUCUGGUGAGUGACGGGCUGGUCUGGGCAUCCCCUAGAAGCGAGCCUGGGACAUUGUGUAGGCUCCCUGCACGGGAGCUUGCUUUAUGAACAGGCUCACAUCUCUGCUCUGAACCUGUCCUAAGUAGUCUGCAUUGGUUAACUCCUUUCAUCCUCAGACCAGUCCUCUGAAGCAAUUGCUGUGAUUGUCCCUACUUUAGAGAGCAGGAAACAGACCUGCAUGAAGCCACCCAGCUAGUCCCAGCCUGUCAUCCCACAGGGAUGUCCAGAGACCAUGUAUGGGGUGCGCUAGCGAAACGGAAAGAUUUUAACCUCAAUGCACCAGUUUUAUCUGUCUCCCAGGCCAGAGCAAGUUGGUAGGAAGGCAGUGGACGCAGGCACAGGCCUCCAGAAGGGACAGUGGGAGUGCGAGGGGAGGUGCCAGAGAAACACAGGUAUGAAGCCACUGGGCCCACCACCUUGGUGAAGAGAUGUGCACAGACACCAGCUUCUGGAAGCUUCCCAGUUUGGCUCCCAGGAAAAGGCACCUUUCUAGCACAUAACUUUCUUAGCUGUUGACCAGAUGCUGGACUCAGGGCAUUUUAUGACGAUAGCCUUGCUGUUUGGGUGGGUGUUCUCUAUUCCAGAACCAGGGCGGGCGGUAAUAAGAUGGAAACAGAUUUGUAACACAAGUGAUUGAAAACAAGCGUGGUCUCCAGUGUGAGCGAUAGAGACGUGGGGCCCCCUCUGCAGUCCCCUCCCCUCCACCACGCGAGGGACACUGCCUUGAUUUCACACGGCCCCAGGGCCUGUGAGAGGCGGGAAAUGCAGCAGCUCGUUGGGGCUUGGUCGCCAGAGCGUGUCCGCGUGUGUCCGCGUGCGUGCGUGUGUCCGCCUGUCCGUCCAUCCUUCCGUGCGUGCCCGUCCUCCUCCUCCAUCACCUGGGAUCCUGGGAGUCCACGGAGACAGCCAAAAAGUGGCUCUGACUGCUGUGUCCACCUCUUCUCUCCCUGCCGUUGGACUUGCCGAGAGCAGCAGGAGGCGCCACCGUGUCCUGGCCGCAGCCCAAGCCUGCCACCGCUGCCGCCGCUGACAUCUGGGGAGAUUUCACCAAACCCG